UCAAUUCAGGUUCUAACAAACCCAACUAUUAUUGUUUGGUGUAGGCGGUCGGUGACGCUCGCCGCACAUUUAUAUUUCAUGCAUUUCACGCAUGAAACUUAAUAUCAUGAGAGUCGCGCGUGCAACAUGUACUAUCGUUACUCCACGGCGCUAUCACACAUCUUCCUCUCCUUCGUCGGCGUCUACUGCCUGCGAAGCUACACCGCACAAAACCACAACGCAGGAUACCACCCCAUAUUCUCAUACUUAAUCGUGCUGACCAACUCAUUGAGCGGUAUUUGGAAAUGGGGAAAUCCAGCGAAUGGCUACACAUCCAACACCAUUUACAGCCAUACUAGACUCCUGCAAACAAUAUUCACAUUCCCAUUGAUUGUCACUGAGCUAUGGAUGAAGAGCAACAGUUGCUGGCUUAUUGCCUAUGUGCAUAUUGCCUGCUCACUUCUCAUAUGGAUGUGCUACUACUUCAGGGCCUACAGGGAUAAGUUUGUUGAUAUAGUUAUAGCUUUAAAUAUCCUCUCAUGUUUUAUUGUCUCCAUUAACAUGGAAAACUUUUAUGGUAUGAGUCUCGGCUUAUCGUACGGCAUCAACCAUUUUGUGUUGAGGGAGGGUUGUGAAAUCUUUGAGAUGCCAACCAUUGAUUUCUACAACUAUGCUUUGUGCUUCUUCCUGCCCUUUUCACUCAAAGCACUGCAAGCUUAGAGCUUAAAUGUACAGUUUGUGAUUUGAUGGUGGGCCUAAAAAUUUUGCAACUCAACAAGACUUUGAAACAAAGUACAAGCGACGUGCUAAAUUUUAAAUUAUACCAGGCUUAAAAACGUAACUUUUCUACGAAUUUUACAAACACAAGAUGAUUCAAGACUCAAACGCGGAAUGUUAUAUCGAAUUUCUAAACAAGACAAAAAAAAGUUUAUACAUGUUUUAUGCGUAUUGUGCAGUACUGCAAUGUCCAAGCAUUUUUAUUAGCGACUUAUAUAUUUUUUAUACAAACAUUUCUAUUAUAUACAUAUAUCGAUGAACGUUGUGAAACACGCUUUAAAAAUGGAGACAUGGUUCAUUUCUCUAUUAGAUGUUAUUUAUUGUAUUAGAGAAACGCAUUCAAUGUGCAAAUAAACAUUAUGGAAUAUGUA